AUGGCUUAUAUAGCUGGCAUCGAACUAGGCGGUACUACAUGCGUAGCCGCAAUAUCGGAUGUUGAAAAUCCUGAAAUUAUCGUAGAACGUAAGGAAUUUAAUACUGGUAAUGUCCCUGCGUCAACGCUGAGUAAUUUAGUGGGAUUUUUACAGCAACUUUUAAAAAAAUAUGGAGCAGAAAGUUUUAAGGCUAUUGCGAUCGCUUCAUUUGGUCCAAUUGAUUUGCGGAAAGAAUCGCCUAAGUAUGGUUAUAUAACCUCUACGCCGAAACCUGGUUGGCAAAAUGUGGACGUGGUUGGCGUAUUCAUGAAAGCAUUUCCAAAAGUACCUGUCGUGUUUGAGACCGACGUCAACACGCCUGCAAUUGCCGAGGCUACAAUAACUGGUGGUUCGAGGCUUCAAAAUGUUGUGUAUAUCACGGUCGGGACAGGUGUUGGUGUUGGUGUGCAUAUAAAUGGGUCCCCUGUGCAUGGUCUGUUACAUCCUGAGGCAGGUCACAUGAUCGUAGGAGUGAUGCCGGCCGACACCUACCCUGGUGGUUGCCCGUUUCACAAAAAUUGUAUCGAAGGCAUGGUAAACUCGAAUGCACUGGCGGCAAGAGCCGGUGUCCAGCCCUCCGAGCUCGGCACAUUGCCAGACUCUCACCGGGUUUGGGAAAUAGCUGGAUAUUAUUUGGGUGUCCUGUGUGUUAAUCUGACUUACUUGCUCUCGCCUGAUGUUAUAAUACUCGGAGGUGGAGUAAUGCAGCGCAAUGUACUUUUUGAAAAGUGUAGGAAGAAUUUUAAACAGUUAAAUGCUGGUUACGUGUUGGUUGAGAAAUUUCAAACAGAUGAAGGAUUAAAUGAAUAUAUUUGUGGCAGUAAGUUUGGUAAUAAUGCUGGCAUAAUAGGUGCAUUGUUAAUGGCUAAAUCUGCUGUGAAGUCUACUUGA